AUGCAAGUUACGUCGUGUAUAUAUCAAGGCGCUAGAGCAUCAGUUGUGCGUAUGCAGACGUUGGUCGUACUCUAUGAAGCAGAGGAUGACUUAGUGGUAACAUAUCACCGGUUUGGCAGAUCACAUAAUGGAUAUGUGACACUGUGUCUCUGGCGUCUUGAUUAA